AUGGGCAGAGGUAUUGCAAAGGUGUUGAAAGUGGCGCUCAUAUGGCAGACGUUGGCGCCUAUAGGCUAUGGCAGAGAGCGAGUGAACCAAUGAUAUCAUAACAAACGCAACCACUUCUCGCUGUCAUUUCAUUCAGUGAUCACCGAUGGAACCGAUCGGAAGACACAUUCGUGGUUAACCAGUGACAGCACAUCCCAUCGCUAUCUCUGUCAUUAUCAACACUUGUCUCCACGCGAUUGCAAUCACUCGGCGUUUGUUUUGAUCGCUCGGUCUUAUUGUUUGGCCGCCGAAGACGUUUGGUUGCCAUCGAAGUACUCGUGUCGACAGUACCGGCCGUACAGACCUAGGAGUGGAUCAGCUGUGGGUCGCGCCGCCGGUUCGCCUCUAUAUCAACACUUUGGCCGCGAAUUGACCAUUGAUUUUGAGGGAUCGCACGCCUCGAGCAAACACUCAAAAGCGGUGACCGUUUCGGACAGAAAGACCACAAACGAGUGUCAAACGGGUCUGACCUCUGCCUCUGAUCACGACCUGAAUGGGAGAGCGACUAAAGUGACUGCAAUUCAGUGUAAACUCAACGCUAAAACUCUGAUCACCGAUGGAACCGAUCGGAAGACACAUUCGUGGUUAACCAGUGACAGCACAUCCCAUCGCUAUCUCUGUAAUUAUCAACACUUGUCUCCACGCGAUUGCAAUCACUCGGCGUUUAUUUUGAUCGCUCGGUCUUAUUGUUUGGCCGCCGAAGACGUUUGGUUGCCAUCGAAGUACUCGUGUCGACAGUACCGGCCGUACAGACCUAGGAGUGGAUCAGCUCCCCGUCGCGCCGCCGCGAGCAAACACUCAAAAGCGGUGACCGUUUCGGACAGAAAGACCACAAACGAGUGUCAAACGGGUCUGACCUCUGCCUCUGAUCACGACCNUCUCAGGGGAUCACCACCUGAUCCAGUCAUUGGGCGAAUAGCGAGCAAACACUCAAAAGCGGUGACCGUUUCGGACAGAAAGACCACAAACGAGUGUCAAACGGGUCUGACCUCUGCCUCUGAUCACGACCUCAUCAGUCAUAAGGAUAUAUGCGCUCAACGAAAGGUCAUCCACGAAGACAUCCACAAAGAUUUCGAUAACAUUUGCCUCAAUUCCGACACAAAGACAGCCACUGAUCACACAGUCCUCACUGAAGAGCAGCGGUCUGUCAGUCGAGCCGACGAUCACCACAACAGUAACCGAAGCGCACAAACCAUUGACGCCACCAAUAAGUCCACCAAAAACGCUGUCAACAAUUGUUCCCAAAGUGACCAACAAUUGGCUACACUAGAGACCAACGGCUCCGACAAGAGUAACGACGCUAUGAAUCACGUGACGCAACCGAAUGAUAAAAGCAAUCAUCAGUUGCCGCCUAAAGACACACAAACCGACGACGAGAUGAUGGAUACACACGUCGAGGACGAGUCUGUCAGACCUGACGACAUCAUCACGUCUUUGAAUAUCGACGGCGCGGACCCCAAGAGGAAUAAAGAAGACGGUCGGCUCUUGAACGGCGACUCCGCUUCCAAUCAGGACGAGGCCAUGGAUGAGGAGGAUGAGGCCCGAUCUGAAGCCACGUUUCGCUAUAAGAUCGAGAACUUCAGUAAACUCCGGGACACAACACUGAGUCCGCCCACAUUUGUCCGCAACCUUCCCUGGAAAAUCAUGGCAAUGCCGCGAACCAAUCAGGCCCACGACCGACAGCCCACCAAAAGCCUCGGCUUUUUCCUACAGUGUAAUGGAGAGUCGGACUCAACCACGUGGUCUUGUAAUGCGACCGCAGAGCUAAGAAUUAUAUCACAAAAAGAAGGCGUUGAGAAUAUCCCUCGAAAAAUACAACACAUAUUUUAUAGCAAAGAAAACGAUUGGGGUUUCAGUCACUUUCUGGGAUGGAAUGAUAUAUUAGAUGUAGAAAAAGGUCACAUCAAAGACGACGCGAUUAUAUUAGAGGUCUGGGUUUCGGCCGAUGCCCCGCACGGAGUCAGUUGGGACAGUAAGAAACAUACGGGUUAUGUAGGCCUCAAAAAUCAAGGCGCGACCUGUUAUAUGAAUUCAUUACUUCAGACAUUGUUUUUCACGAAUCAAUUGCGGAAAGCCGUGUAUCAGAUGCCGACUGAAAGCGACGACACGUCCAAAAGCGUCGCACUGGCUCUGCAGCGGGUCUUCUAUGAGUUGCAGUUCUCCGACAAACCGGUGGGCACUAAGAAGUUGACCAAAUCGUUCGGUUGGGAAACGUUAGACUCGUUUAUGCAGCACGACGUCCAAGAGUUGUGUCGCGUAUUACUCGACAAUAUGGAGAGCAAAAUGAAGUGCACGUGUGUUGAGGGAACCAUUCCUCGACUUUUUGAAGGAAAAAUGAUCUCAUUCAUACGCUGCAAACACGUGGACUGUUCCUCGUCUCGAAUCGAACCCUUUUAUGACAUUCAGCUCAACGUUAAGGGGAAGAAGAAUAUAUACGAGUCGUUCAAAGACUACAUCGCCGUCGAGUCACUGGAGGGCGAGAACAAGUACGACGCCGGAGACUUCGGCCUACAAGAGGCCGAGAAGGGCAUCACAUUUGACUCGUUCCCACCGGUCCUGCACUUGCAUUUGUUGCGCUUUCAAUACGACCCGUUGACCGACACUAACGUCAAGAUUAACGAUAGGUUUGAAUUUCCCGAAAAACUGAAUUUAGAAGACUUUCUGCAGAAGCCGGAGACAACGCCCGCCAAUUACACACUGCACGCGGUUUUAGUCCAUUCGGGUGACAAUCACGGCGGACACUAUGUUGUGUUCAUUAACCCUAAAGGGGACGGGAAGUGGUGUAAAUUUGACGACGACGUGGUCUCCAGAUGUACUAAACUCGAGGCCAUUGACCAUAACUUCGGCGGUAAUGACGAAGACGUGUCAGUCAAGCACUGCACCAACGCUUAUAUGUUGGUCUACAUUAGAGACAGUGUUAUCAAUGAAGUCCUGCAGUCGGUCUUAGAAGACGAUAUUCCGGAACAACUGAUUGAACGAUUACAAGAAGAGAAACGUCAGGAAGCGUUGCGACGCAAAGAGCGUAACGAAGCGCACCUUUUCAUGAAUAUACACAUCUUCACUGAAGACAGUUUUAUGGGACAUAAAGGCUGUGAUCUU